AUGGAGAAGUUUUCAAGAUCCAAGUCUACAAGGGAUGAGUAUAUGCAGCCAAGAAGCAUGAAUGAUUUGAGGAGCUACAGCAGCUCAGACUAUCAAAAUGUAGACUACAAUUUCAAAGAGAUGAAGAUGAAGAAAAACAAAAUUAAUGCAGAUUCAAAGAGCUGGAUGGAUCCUGAGCUGCUGAGGAAGAAGAGGAUUGCAGGCUACAAAGCCUAUGGAGUUGAAGGGAAGAUGAAGAGCUCGUUUAGGAAGAGUUUAAGAUGGAUCAAACAUGCUUGCUCCAAUCUUGCCAAUGGCUUCAAUUAA